AUGAAGCAGAAGUUGGAUGAAGAGGGUAACAAGUGCAGCAUCCUUUCUAAGCAACAGAAGUUCAAUGAGCACUGCUGUAUUCGCUGCUGUUCCCCCUUCACAUUUCUUAUCAACAGCAAGAGACAGUGCCAAGACUGCAAGUACAACAUCUGCAAGAGCUGCAGUUCUUACCACAAGAAGGAGAAGGCUUGGAUUUGCUGUGUCUGCCAGCAAGCAAGACUUCUAAGGGCUCAGUCUCUGGAUUGGUACUAUAAUAAUGUCAAAAGCCGCUUUAAGUGUUUUGGAAGUGCCAAAGUCCUGAAGAACUUAUACAGGAAACACAGACUGGAGAGCGGAGUUUGUCCUGAUGUAGUAGAAGGAAGUUUUUUUGAAGGAAGCUUUGAAAAUGAAGGAAGCAUUUGUGGCAGUGACUCCACAUUCUACCAACAGACAGAAGGACACAGCAUGAUGGAUACCCUUGCUGUGGCCUUACGUGUUGCAGAGGAAGCAGUGGAAGAAGCUAUUUCUAAGGCAGAGACCUACAGUGACAGCCUGGACAAGCAGAACGAGGCUUGUUACUUGCAGGAUCACAAGGAAGACCUCAUAGAAGAGCUGGCUACAACCAUAGUGCAGAAGAUUAUAAAGAAGCAGAAGAGCAAAACUGAGCAGGCUGAGAGUGACUUUGAAUGGCUACCAUCCAGGAGCAGUGGCCUGGCCUCUGUUGCUGUCUCAGAUCAGAGCAUGCUGACUUUUCCUGGGAGCCGCAGUGGGUCCUACACGUUAUGGAGGUCUCAGUCUGCAUUUUCCCUGGCUAGUGAAGAUUUGCCCAGUAAAGGACUAGACCCUGCAUCGUCUGUGACUGAAGCUCUUUGGAGGCAGCAAAAAGGACAAUUCAGGAAACAGAAGGAACGCAAACUCUCUGCAUUACCAAGCUGGAAAAGUGUGGACAGGCUAAAUGAAACAAAUCCGCCUUCUGUUUUCCAAAGCACGGAUGGAAACUGGGUGGCUUUGCAGAAUGUCACUUUGCCUCGUCCUCGAAUGCUUGCCAAACCAAAGAGUCAAGUGUUUGAAGCUUUGGAGAAUGAAUCCAGUAUCGUGUCUGCCUAUGACGAGAUGGGCUCAGACAGUGAGGAUGACUAUGACUGGAAUGUGGCCUUGAACAAGCUGCGUCGGAGACCUCGGCAAUUACCAGGCGAUUUUUGUUACUCCAAUUCCCAGUAUGGUACUGAGUGGAUUUAUGGCAAUGAUCAGUACCAGGCAGUGACCUCCCCUUCCUCUGGGUUAUACACCAAUACUGAGACACUGUUCUCUGAUUCUGAAACAUCUUCAGUAAACUCUUCCCAGGAAGCUAAAGGACCUAGCAAACUUCUUUGGUUACAAAACAGGACUCAAAGUGAUAUGCCCAGAACAGAAAAAAAACAUUUCCAUGGAGAACUGGAUGUGAAUUUCAAUCCCCAGGCAACCAGCUUGGAGUUUUCAGACAGCAGUGAGACUGAAGAAGUCUGUUAUGAUUUAGAAAAGAGAUCAAGAAGGUGGAGGAAGAACAAAGCGAUUUCUGAAGAAUUACGUGAAGGAAAAAAUCCAUACAGCCCUGGUGCAGAGGUGUCAGAGCUCACUAAGCAAGAUUUUGAUGAUCUAUCAGAAACAGAUAUAAGCAGUGAAGAUCAGCAUCAUAACAUGAAGCCUGACAUUAUGGAAGAGGAGCUUAAAUCCAGGUUAUUUCAGCUUGCUGCUAAAAUGAGUGACAAGGAAACAUCUUCUGGUGAAGAGCAAGAGUCAGAAUCUAAAACAGACCCUGAAAACCAAAAGGAGAGUUUGUCCUCAGAGGAGAAUGGCAGAAGUAUUCAGGAAGAGUUAAAAAAGAAGUACUCUGCUGUCUCUCUCUGCAACAUAUCUACAGAGGUCCUGAAAGUCAUCAAUGCCACUGAAGAACUGAUAGCAGAAUCCACCAGUCCCAGCGAUUUCCCAGCUGACACUCAGGACAGAGAAAGAGGGACGUUCCCUCUGGGGACAGACCCAGUCAGACUGGAUGAGCAGCUCACAACACUGGAAGAAAACGUGUACCUGACCGCCGGCACAGUGUACGGGCUGGAGGGGCAGCUCACCAACCUGGAGGACGCCGCGCGCAAGAUCAACAGUGUUACUGCAGAGUCUGAGCUGGCCGAUCUGGAGGAUCAGGUGGCAACAGCAGCCGCCCAGGUUCACCAUGCAGAGCUUCAGAUUUCAGAUAUUGAGAGCAGAAUAUCAGCUCUCACUGUUGCAGGCUUGAACGUGGCUCCAUGUGUUCACCUGACAAGGAAACGGAAUCAAAAGCAAACAAACCAGAUGCAUACAAUAGACACAUCAAGACAGCAGAGGAGAAAACUUCCAGCUCCACCAGUAAAAGAUGAAAAAAUAGAUGGUUCUCCAGUUACCACUGUCAGAACGUUUAACAGAAACUUCAUGCUUCAAGGAUCUCUAACACAAAGAGCUAAAGAGAGGAAAAGCACUGCCAAGGACUUAAUGGAACCUGCUAUAGGAUCUGCUGUGAUGUACUAA